AUGAUAAUCGACUGUUUGCUACUACGCUACUGCGCGGUUGAACUCUAUGGCCGCAAAGAAAUUUAUGAUAUGUUACGGGGCACGAAACCUAAUCGAAAAUUCCGAUUUCGAUACCAACAUCGGUCAGUAUUCAAUCCCUGUUUCGAUACCGGUUUCAAGCUUCAAAUUAUAUCGCAAUACUCAUAUACUCUGUAAUAUUUAUCAUAGAAAUCUGUUCUGAAAAUUCUAAUCUAGAAAAGAUUCGGACUAAAAAAAAUUAUCCGUCAAUAUUAUUUAUUUAUAUAUAUAUAUAUAACGCGUCAUUGUUCGCGCAGUUGGGACGCGUGCGUUGCCGACGGUGAGCGCUGUUGUCGACGAGAACAACGAUUAUACGUAGUGAGAUGUAUUAUCGAAACACUCCGCACUCCCCGUAUACCGUACGUAUCAAUGCUUACGUUUCUAUUCCCGGUUAACCUGUCGCAUAGUUUUUUUAUCGUAAAAUUUUAAAAUUAUAUUUCAUUGCAUAACUCCUAGUUUUGAUUUAAUUUCGAUAAAUUUGUGUUAGGUAUCUCGAAGUGAAUUUUUAUCCCCCUUCAACUUCGAUUACCUCGACUCGACGUGUACGGGUGAGAGGAACUCACAACACCCUCCGUAAAUACGCCGCUGUUAUACUGUGUACUGCUGAUAGUCAACAGAUAAAAUCAAGAUGGAUUAAUUAGAUAUUUAAACUUUGGAUAUAAGAUUAUGUAAAAUGAAAAUUAUCUACGAUUGUCUCAUAAUGUUCUGGUCUUAUAUAUUAUCUAAUGAUAAUUUUAUCUAAAUAUUCUUAAUAAAAUGUCCAUUUAAAAUGAUCAAUUUUUUUUCUAAAAUCGAAUAGAUAUUCAGUCAAAUGAAAAACGAAAUACGAAAUAAAGAUUUUGUAAUUUUUCACAUAUUUUUUCUUCCAUGAGAAAACCUGUUUCGUAGUCCCGUGCACGUGUUUGCUCAAUGUCAAACCCGUCAAACGGUCUAUUUAACAUUUGAAUUAUACGCCUGUAGUUGUCGGUUGAAACCAUUCGGGAAUGAUUUAUCAGUCGAUAUUGCGUUAAAAGAUUAAAAUAAAAAAAUAAAAUAAUUUUUCUAUUACAAUAUGAUGACUUUUUUGUAUUACUUAAGAUUAUUAUUAUUGUGUUUAUUUUAUUGAUGACAACAUUAAACUGACAUAUUACUAUAGGUAUAAUAUUUUAAUAUCUAUCAUGGAACUUAAUCAAUGUAUCAAAAAUUCUUCAACAAAUUCAAAGUGAGUAUUUAUGAGACACUUACGUAUUAUAAUUGAUCGUAUAUUUAGUUAUAUAUUUAUGAUCAAUGCUAUUACUAAAUUUUGUUAUCUAAACUAUCAUUAGCUAAGUUAUUAAUUACUAAGGAUACCAGAGUACCUACCCAAUACAAACGUCUUAAAUAACGGGUUAAAGAAUGAUAUGAUUUUAUGUGUUCUAUGAACAAUAUAUUUUAAUAUAAUAAUAUUAUCUGCCCAUUUUUAUUUAUUUCCUUUUUAAUGCAUUACAGUGUACAGGCCAUUAAUGCCAAACGCAUCUAGGUACCGAUUCCCCGGCACCCGGUAUGAUUCAUAAAUUACUUAUACAUUCUAAACAUCUUACAAAUUAAUAGGUAUUAUCAACAUUCAUACAAUGAUACUAUAAACUACAGUUUUUCCAGCUACAUACCAUUGAUUAUGUGUAUAUGUAUAGAUAAUAUUAGUUAUAAAAAAUAUCUAAGGUUAUUUAUUGACUCGCAAUUGAAAUGGAAUAAGAACAUUGGAUAUUUAAUAAAGUUAAUUGGUAAAUUCAUUUACAUCUUCCAAAACUUUAGAUCCAAAGUUAAUAAAAGGCAAUUGAGAAUAAUUUAUAUCUCAUUUGUUCAAUCUAUUAUUGCUUAUGGUAUUGAGAGUUGGCAAUUUAGGCAAUUUAGAAAUAAUUAUAAAUAAAUAAAUAAAAUGUAUAUUAAAGUUGUCAAACUUUACAAGUACCAUUGGUAUUUACAAAAAGAUCAACGUGUUUAAUUUUAAUAGUAUAUUUAAAAAAUGUUUACUACUACUUAUAUUUAAACAUAGAAACAGUAUUCCAAUUUGUAAACAUAUAAUCUAAUUCAAGAUUUAAAAAGAAUGUUAACUUAACAAUGUCUGUGUUAUAAAUUGUUCGGUUCAAAAUGUUCUUUGAAUACUGAUAUUAUGUUUUGUAAACAUUUAAAUAUUAAUAUUAACCUUUUUAAAAAUUGUUAUCAUUUCAAAUAUAGCAUACUUAAGCUACUUUAGAUUAUAUGCUUUUUUUUUUUUUCAAUUACCAAAAAGUAUCCAAAUAGUAUUAUACACAUUUUAAUAACAUUAGAAAGAGAAAUUAUUCAUUCAAAGUGUAUUUCUAAUUUAUUAAAUUUAUGUACCUACCUACUAUUACUCGUUCCUCAUAUAAACUUAAACAUUUAAUUAUCAUAAUUAAUCUGAAACAAUUUAAAAAGAAUAAAUAUAUUGUUUGUUAUUUGCAAUUCAUAUAUUUCAUUAAUAUUGGUUCUAUUUUUAUUUUGCCAUGAUUAAAACCAUAAGUUUAUGUACACUUCAGUUCUUAUUUUUUUCUGUUUUGUGAGAACAUUUUCAAGUGCCCUUAUUGGGAUUUGUAAAACUUACAACCCUUUUACUCUGAAAAAAAAUUAGGACAAUUUUUUUACAAGUUAACAUCCUAUUAUUAUAUUAUAAAUUAUAUUAUUAUAAGUUAACUAUUAUUAUAAGUUAACUGUUAUUAUUAGUUAACAUCCUAUUGUUAUAUUUCUAACUAUUCACAUUAUACAUAUAUUUAGCAGGUACUUACCUAAAAUAUAUAAACCUCUAAUACAGUGUUUCUUAAAGUUUUUGAGAUUACGGAACAUCAAACAAUAAUAUUUUUUUACACGGAACCCAUAAAAUAAAAAAUACAUAAUUUCUCUUGUUUACUCAUAUCGGUGGUAAUAUUAUUAUAACAAAUUUAAUAAAUUGUCAUACUUCCACACAUGAUGGGCUAAAAGAGAAAAAUUUUAGGUGAAAAUCAUCAAUACUCAUGUCAUUUUUGAUUUAUUUUAAUUGUUAAAUGGUUAAUUUUUGUAGAAUUUCAAUUAACUUUUUCCAGGCCUUCCGGACCACAAUUUUUAUAAGUAACACUUAAGAGGUGUUUAAGAAAUAUUGCUCUAAUAUUAAUAACUAAUUAUUAGGAUUUUAAAAUUUUUCAGAUACAUACACAACUCUGAAGUAGAAAAAGAACAAUCAAAUAGCCCAACAAUUGAAAUAAAAAAAGAAUUUGAUUUAAUAAAUGGUUGUACAUUUGAAAGUAUAAUAACUAUUGAAAAUGUUCCUAUGAAAUUAAUUUCACAUGAAAAAUCGAAAAUUAGAAAAAAGAGUUAUACGUGCAAAUACUGUCAUAACACAUUUAAUUCUAAAUCAAGUUUGACAUGCCACAUGGAAACGCACACUGGAAGAAAAGUUGAUAGUGACAACCAACAUCUACAGUGAGUAUUUUUAAGGAUCAUUAUUGUAAUCAACAGAAGAAUCGUAAUUCACUUCAUUAGACCACAAAUUUACAGCUCUCAUGAGUUUAGAUGAUUCCCUAGCUGUCUGUAAUCUAUAUAUAAUGCUGUCACGACUUAAAGGAACUUUACGUUCAGCGGAAGUUUCCCUAUUUCUUCUCUAAUUAUUACUUUUUUUUGUAUUAGAUAGCUUGAUUUCUCGUUUUACUUUAGUUUAGUCAUUUAGAUGUAACCGUUUUCUGCUAGUAUCUCUGGUACAUCUCAGUUAUUUUUUCAUCCAUGUUACCAAGACAACUCGUAAAUUAAUAAUAGUACAAUAGUACAAAAAAAAAAAAAAAAAAUUUUAGAGGAUAAUAUUCAAUAGGAAAUAGAUUUCAAUAGUUAUAAACCUUCUCUGAAUAACGUGAAAUUGAUGGGGAAACCGCAUCAAAAUCCGUUGUGUAGUUUAGGAGUAGUUAGUGGAUAUACAGACAAACGCAGAAAGCGACUUUAUACUAUUUAAGGAGGAUAAUUGAUGAUCAAAAACAAAUAUUUUGAUACAUUUUUACAUAUUUUUUUUAUGCUUAGGUACCUGUUGUAUUAUUUUUAAAAUAUUUAAUUUGUUUGGAGUUUACCAUCUUUCAUAAGAUAUUAAGAUAUGAUUUUUUAAAUAUUUGUAUAUAUUAUUUAUUUUUGGAUUUAUGAUGAUUACCUAAUAUUAACUAUGAUUUUUAAUUUUUUAGAUUUACAAUUAACUCUGGAGAAGAAAUUCAACAACCAAGUACACGAGCAAUUGAAAUAAACAAAAAUAUUUAUUUAUUAAAUGAUUGUAAGUUUGAGAAUGUAUUAACUGACAAUGAAAACCAACCACCACAGUAAGUUUUUUUUUCUUUAAUAGUUUUAAUUAAAUUAAAUUAAACUGAUGAAAUAUGUAAAAUAAUGUCAUUCCGUAUUACACAUAUCCUUAAAGCUAUCAGUGAUCAAUCAGCAGAGCACAAUUAAUAAUUAUUAAUUAAUUAUUAAAAAUUAUAUACAUAAUUAUGUGAUAAUUGCAAAUUAGUUGUACUAAUUAGAAACUGUUAAAAUUUUAUUUCUCUAAUCAAAAAACAAAAAAAAAAACCCAUAUUAUACUAGCUUUGGAAAAAGUUAAUAAAACAAUGAUUUAAAAAAUUAUUUAAUUAUAUUAUAUAAAACUAUUUGAAUAAUGAAUUGUAUUAAUUAUACAAUUUUUAUAUUUUUUACACUACCAAUGUUUUGUUUUGGAUUUAUUUAAAUUGUCAUUAUAUUCGAUUUUUGUCAGUGUAACUCUAAACUAAAUUAACUGAUUAUAUUAUUUUAUAAAUUAUUAUUCAACAAAUUAAACGAACAAUUUUCAAUAAAUAUUUCUGUUUGUUUUGUUAUAUUGCCUACAAGAAUCUUCAAAUUUAGGUUAUACUAUUUUUUUUUUUAUACAAGCGGUAGGUAUUAUAUUAUAUAUAUAAUAUGUAUUCUUAGGUUGUAUUAUACUAUUUAAAUCUUUUAUUAUAUUAUCUCCUAAUUAAAUUUUGUCCAGUUUUGAGAUUAAGAUAAUUAAUAUAUAUUGUGGUUAUAAUAUUUUCAGAUACAUAUACAACUCUAAAGAAGAAAUAAAACAAUCAAAUCAGGCAAACGCUUUAAAAAAUUAUACAAAAACUCACAAUGAAAAAAAAUGCCAAGUUUGUGAGAAAUCAUUUUCUCAAUUGUCCAAUUUAAAUCGUCAUAAGUUAAUUCACACAGCAGAAAAGCUCUACGAAUGUAAUGAGUGUGAAAAAUCAUUUAACCGUAAGGCUCAUUUGAUGAUUCACACGAGGAAACAUACUGGUGAGAAACCUUUUAAAUGCAAUAUUUGCAAAGUAUCAUAUUCUCAAUUGUCUACUUUAAAUCGGCAUAAGUUAAUUCAUACCGGUGAGAAACCUUUCAAAUGUAAUAUUUGCAAAGUAUUAUUUUCUCAAUGGUCCACUUUAAAUCGGCAUAACUUAAUUCAUACAGGAGAAAAACCCUACAAAUGUAACGAGUGUAAAAAAUCAUUUAGGCAUAAGUUUCAAUUGAUUACUCACAUAAGGAUUCAUACUGGUGAGAAACCUUUUAAAUGCAAUAUUUGCAAAGUAUCAUUUUCUCAAAUGACCACUUUAAAUCGGCAUAAGUUAAUUCAUACCGGUGAAAAACCUUUCGAAUGUAAUAUUUGCAAAGUAUUAUUUUCUCAAUUGUCGACUUUAAAUCGGCAUAACUUAAUUCAUACAGGAGAAAAACCCUACAAAUGUAAUGAGUGUAAAAAAUCAUUUAGGUAUAAGUUUCAAUUGACUAAUCACAUAAGGGUUCAUACUGGUGAGAAACCUUUUAAAUGCAAUAUUUGCGAAAAAUCAUUUUCUCAAUUGUCCAAUUUAAAAAGGCAUAAGUUAAUUCAUUGUGACACUAAGCCUUACAAAUCUGAACCAGAAUAA